CGUCGCUUCCUAGAAGAGGUGGCAGAGGGUGCAGCAGGCCUGGCUCUGGCCGCUGGCUUUGCUACCCCGGAGGAGCGCUGGGCACCGUUUCGGGAAGGCGCCUUCCCCCAGCAGUGGGUGCUGCUGUCUCCGCCAUCCCCUGUCCUGCAGCCACUCGGCCCCCCCGCCUGCGGGCAGACUGCUUGCGAUAACGUGGACCUGGUCUCCCACUACAACCACCGGGCGCUGAGCGAAGCUUUCCGCCCCUACAACAUCACCUGGCAGCUCAGUUUGCUGGAGGUACGCAACUCCUCCCUGCGCCGCCGCGCCAUCCUCCUGGGCUGUGAGCCCAGCAAGGUAGGCAACGAGCGCUGCGACCCUGAGUGCGAGCACCCCCUGACUGGCUAUGACGGCGGGGACUGCCGCCGGCCUGGCCGCUGCUUCUCCUGGAAGCGUCGCGAUGGUGUCUGUCACAUGGAGUGCAACAACAUGUUGGAUGACUUCGAUGACGGCGACUGCUGUGACCCGCGGGCCACCGACGUGGCCAGGACCUGCUUCGACCCCGACUCGCCCCAGCGGGCAUACAUGAGUGUGAAGGAGCUGAAGGAGGCACUGCAGCUGAACAGCACCCAUUUCCUCAAUGUUUACUUUGCCAGUUCAGUGAGGGAAGAGUUGGCUGGUGCUGCCACUUGGCCAUGGGAUAAAGAGGCCCUUAGUCACCUGGGCGGAGUUGUCCUGAACCCUGCUUACUACGGCAUGCGUGGCCACAUGAACACCAUGAUCCACGAAGUGGGACACGUCCUGGGGCUCUACCACGUCUUUAAGGGAGUCAGCGAGCGGGAAUCUUGUGACGAUCCCUGCAGGGAAACAACUCCAUCUAUGGAGACAGGAGACCUCUGUGCCGACACUGCCCCUACCCCGAAGAGCAAACUCUGCCGGGACCCAGACCCUACCAAUGACACCUGCGGCCAGACGCAUUUCACAGGAACGCCCUUCAACAACUACAUGAGCUACACAGACGAUGACUGCACCAACACCUUCACCCCCAACCAAGUGGCUCGGAUGCAUUGCUACCUGGAUCUGGUGUACCAGCGCUGGGGCCAGAGCAAGAAGCCUGCACCCAUCCCGAUCCCUCCUAUGGUCAUGGGGCAGACGCAGGACUCCCUCAGCAUCUAUUGGCUGCCUCCCAUCAGCGGUGUCAUCCAUGAGAGGGAGCAGAACACACUCUGCGACAACUGUGCGGAGGACGGCACCUUCCGUCAGUACGUGCACGAGGCCUCUUCCCCUCGGGUCUGUGAUUCCUCUGGCUACUGGACCCCAGAAGAAGCAGAAGGACCCCCGGACGUGGAUCAGCCCUGUGAGCCCAGCCUGCAGGCCUGGAGUCCAGAGCUCCACCUGUACCACAUGAACAUGACCGUGCCAUGUCCUCAGCCGGACGGCUGCAUCCUGGAGCUCCGCUUCCUGCACCCUGUCUACCCCGACUCCCUGACCCUCUGGACCACAUACCUUUCCACAGGCUCACCCAAGACGCUGUCUGACAUUGAAGUCCUGACAGAGCAGGGGGAGUCCAUCCAUCUGGGCCCCCUGGACACCUUCUGUGAUGUUCCCUUUACCGUGAAGCUCAACAUCCCUAAAAAAGUGUCCGGAGUCAAGAUCUACACUUUUGAUGAGAGGAUGGAGAUAGACACGGCUCUGCUGACCUCCAUGCCCCACAGCUCUCUCUGUUCCACCUGCAAGCUCAUCCAGUACCGAGUCUUCCGUGACCCCCCGUUUGCCAAUGGAUCCCCUGCUGCCCCGGCACAGGCGCACCGCCAGUUUGUUGACACGGAAGUCACACCUGGGCAGGUGUACCACUACCAGGUGCAGGCAGUCUCUGGGACAACCUCAGGAGAAGCCUCCCCGCCACUCAUCCAUGUCCACGGAGCACCCUACUGUGGGGAUGGGAAGGUGACCAUGAGCCUGGAGGAGGAAUGCGAUGACGGGGACUUGCUGGAUGGAGAUGGCUGUUCCAGGAAGUGUAAAAAGGAAAAAGGCUUCAACUGUGUUGGGGAACCAAGUCUGUGCUACGUGCAUUAUGGGGAUGGUGUGUGUGAGCCAUUUGAGAAGACAAGCAGUGUCCUGGACUGUGGUCCCUACACACCUGAUGGAUAUGUGGAUCUGUGGGCAGUGAAAGCCUACGCUUCCCAUCACGACACGAAGUCCUGUCCUGCAUCCUUGGUCACUGGAGAGCCUGUUGUGAAGGUAUGUAAAUCGCACCUUCACAACGUGCCAAAGGACCUUUCCCUGGCUGCCUGGUUCCCCUGCUCUCCCAGCCAAGACAAUGCUCAGGAUCCAAACAAGGAGAGGAUGCCCUUGGGCAAUGAGGGGGUUUGGCUCAAGGUGUGCUUUGAGAGACCUGCAGUGCCCAUCUCCCUGCUGGUCUUCCUGGCCUCUGACGGCACCAUCCCAAGCAACCAGCACAAGCCAAGGGUCACUGUCCAGCUGAGUGACGUGGAUGGGCUGAACCACUCUUUGGGGAUGUAUGAGCUGUCGUGCCAGCACAACCCACUUGUCAUCAACGUGACCCACGGCCAGAAGGACCCAUCCCACCAGGCUGCUUCGGUGCUGCUCAACUUCUCCUCCCCACUUGUGGGCAUUGCAGCCGUGGCCUUGCGGACAUCAGCUCAACCUGGCUUCUCUGACCCCACCAUCUGCCUCCUGCAACAGGAGGAGGGAUGUGGCCAUCAGCACUACAGCUGUGUCCAUGGUGCCUGUGCAGGAUCAGGAAUCUGCACACAGCCGCUUCUUGCUCAUGCUGCCAGCCUCAACUGCACCUCCGACAGCCCAAGGCGCAUGGUGUGCACCGUCAGCUGUGAAAAUGGCUUCAUCCUCCACUCCAGCAGUGGGAAGAGGUUGGGCUCCACACAGCAGGAGGUGGUGUUGACGUGCAGCUCAGGGCAGUGGGACAGAUCUGUGACUUGUGACCCUGUCGACUGCAGUGUCCCUGACCAAUCCCACGUGUACUACGCCGAGUUCUCCUGCCCCAAGGGGACCACCUACCUGCAGAGAUGCUCCUUCUCCUGCAUCCACCCGGCCAAGUUGCAAGGAACAAACCAGUGGCUGACCUGCCUGGAGGACGGUCUCUGGUCGCUCCCUGAAGCCUACUGCAAGCUGGAGUGUGACGCACCUCCCACUGUGGCCAAUGCCAAGCUCCUGGUCCCACGGUGCCUGCAGGGGAACCACGACGUGGGCUCAGUCUGUCGCUACAAGUGCAAGCCUGGAUACCACGUGGCCGAGAACGCAGCAGGCAAGCCUAAGAAGAAGUUCCUGAAGGUCCAGUGUCUGGAGAGUGGGCAGUGGGAAGAGGGGCGCUGCAUCCCCGUGGUGUGCGAGCCACCCCCUCCUGUCUUCGAGGGCAUGUACAACUGCACCCGGGGCUUUGAGCUGGACAGCCAGUGCGUCCUUAACUGUGAACCGCAGGGACAGCAGGUUCCCAUCGUCUGCACCAAGGAGGGUUUAUGGACAGAGGAGUUCAAACUGUGCAAGAGCUUACGGGGCACCUGCCCGCCGCCCCCCGAGCUGAAUUUUGUGGAGUACAAGUGCGAGCAUGGGCACAGCAUAGGUGCUGUGUGCGUACCUUCCUGUGUCAUACCUCCGAGCGACCCCGUCAUACUGCCUGAAAAUGUAACCGCUGAGACCAUGGAUCACCGCCUGCAGCCCACCAGAGUCCAGCAAAUUGUGUGCACGGGCAGACUGCGGUGGUACCCAGACCCCUCCAUCAUUCACUGCAUCCAGUCGUGCGAGCCCUUCCAAGCAGACGGCUGGUGUGACACCAUCAACAACCGGGCGUACUGCCAGUAUGACGGGGGUGACUGCUGCUCCUCCACACUGUCUUCCAGAAAGGUGAUCCCAUUCGCAGCUGACUGUGACCAGGACGAAUGCACGUGCCGUGACCCGGCGGCCGAGGAGAACCAGGAGUAG